GCAAUUCCGUGUUGAAAAGAAAUUGAGACGCAGAAAGAAAGAAUGAAAGUCAAGAGAGUCUCGUCUCAUCCCUGUAAAAACUAGAGAAUCGUUCAAGAAUCGAUUAUUGAGAAAAAUCAAUGGCGACGAAUUCGAAGAGCAGUUCGCUUCUGCCAAUGGCGUCGACUGAUCCUCCGGCGAGAGUGGAGGAGAAGCUUUUUAAAGGAUCCGCCAUGACUAAACGCGGCGCCUAUGCUGCCAUCUCUUACAUGGGUUGCGCCGUCCUCCUUGUAUUAUUCAAUAAAGCAGCUCUUUCUUCGUACAGCUUCCCAUGUGCCAACGUCAUCACACUUUGUCAGAUGAUAUGUUCGUGCUGCUUUCUUUAUGCUUUACGACGCCUAAAGCUCAUUUCUUUUCAUGCUAAUGAAUCCAUAGCCAUCACCGACAAUUUCAAAACGUUGGUACCAAUAAAGACAUUGAUCAACACUUCGCCUCUUGCUUUAGCCUAUUUGCUUUACAUGCUAGCUACCAUGGAGUCUGUUCGAGGUGUUAAUGUUCCUAUGUAUACAACCUUGCGUAGAACUACAGUUGUAUUUACAAUGAUUGUCGAGUACAUCCUCGUGCAGCAGAGGUACACUCGCCCUAUUCUUGGAAGUGUGGCAUUGAUAGUUUUUGGUGCUUUUAUUGCCGGAUCUCGGGACUUGUCGUUUGACACGUACGGAUAUCUAAUUGUUUUUGUAUCCAACAUCACCACUGCAAUAUACCUUGCAACCAUAGCCCGAAUUGGAAAAACCAGUGGGCUUAAUAGCUUUGGCCUCAUGUGGUGCAACGGGAUUUUGUGCGGACCUGUUUUACUUCUGUGGACCCUUUUCCGAGGUGACUUGGAGUUGACAAUGAAUUUUCCGAAUUUGUUUUCUCCUGGUUUCCUGGUGGUGUUACUUUUGUCGUGUGUCCUAGCUUUCUUCCUGAAUUAUAGUAUAUUCCUCAACACAACUCUGAAUUCUGCUCUGACUCAGACAAUCUGUGGUAAUUUGAAGGAUCUAUUCACAAUUACGCUCGGCUGGUUAAUAUUUGGUGGGCUACCAUUUGAUUUAUUGAAUGUGAUUGGGCAACUUCUCGGCUUCAUUGGCUCGGGCAUGUAUGCCUAUUAUAAACUUAUUGGGAAGUAACUCCUCCUGCUUUCAAAAGUUUCCAUUUUUCCGGGAGGUUCAGAAGGGAGAAGAAGUUUCUAAUUUUUUUCUGGGGAAGCCGAGGUGCUGGAAUCCAACGGUGAUGACGAUGACAACGUAAUUUAAUUUCAGAAUCAGAAUACAGACACAUACAUUGUACAUUAUUGUUUUUUCCGUCAAGAAAGGGAAUGCACAUUUCUUGACGAUGUAAUUUUUGGUACGAUGAUGUUUUAGCCUUCCGCAGAUCAUACGAGGAAUAGAGCUCUUAACCAUAUUGCCUUUGUGUAAGGCUUUAUUUAUUCAUCUCUAAUUACAAAUUUACAGUGA